AUACACUAUGAAGCGCGUGGCAGAGGUAUUGCUGCAAUACCUCUUAGUAUUUUUAGUCGGUAAUGUUAGGUGCAUUGACAAUGAAUUGUACAAUUACUUGAACCAAACCGAGCCCGUAACUCGGCAGCUGUAUGAGUUUAAGUUGCAACAUUCUAAGCCAAUCGGUAUUCUAACAACAAGCUCAGGAAAGCUGGUCGAGAUAAGAGAAUCUGUUACAUUAAAUUCUGACGCGUUUUCAAACCAAUAUCACUUAGACUUAAUUACCCAUGCCGACGCUGAAAGAAUCCCGGAAAGAAUGGUACAUGCAAAAGGUGGUGGAGCGUUUGGAUAUUUUGAGGUGACACAUGAUGUUUCAAAAUAUAUCAAAGCAGAUGUUUUUAAUAAUGUCGGCAAGGUAACUCCAGUUGUGGUACGUUUUUCGACAGCAGUACAAAACCAAGGUGGAAAUGAUUUAGCCAGGGAAAUGAAAGGUUUAGCUGUUAAAUUUUAUACCAAAGAAGGAAAUUUGGACUUAUUAUGUAUCAACUUUCCUGUAUUUUUCUACAGGGAUGCUUUAGACUUUCCGAAUUUUGUUCACGCUUUCAAAAGGAAUCCUAAAACCAAUCUUUACGAUUUUACUAUGCGUUGGGACUUUGUUACUAAAAGACCUGACACAAUUCAUGCUAUUUUAUGGUUACUAUCUGAUUACGGUAUUCCUAAUGGAUAUAGAAAAAUGGAUGCUUUUCCUAUUCACACUUAUGAAAUUUAUAAUAAAAAAGGUGAAAGAUUCUUCGUUCGAUUUAACUUCAGAACUGAACAAGGCAUCGAAAACCUUCCCACAUGGGUAGCACAAAUUAUUGCGGCACGUGACCCAGAUUAUUAUAACAGAGAUUUAUACAAUGCUAUUGAGAAAAAAGAAUACCCUGCCUGGAAACUCGAAAUGGAUGUAAUGUCAUUCGAUGGCAUUAAAAAAGUUAGUUACAAUCCAUUUGAAGUUACAAGAUUAUGGAAAAAAGGCAAUUAUCAUACAGUUCAGAUAGGACGUCUUGUUUUGAAUAGAAAUCCGGAUAACUACUUCAGGAUUGUAGAACAAAGUGCUUUUAAUCCGGGAAAUCUAGUACCAGGUAUUCUUGGAGGACUGGAUAAUAUGUUUAAAACAAGACGAAUGUCGUACCGCGAUACACUUACACAUCGUUUAGGUGUGAACCACAAUAGAAUUGACGUUAAUACUCCAGUAUACUGGAAGGUCUAUGAUCGUGAUGGUGUGCCGCCUUUAAAAGACAAUAUGAAAGACGCGCCUAACUAUUAUCCAAACUCAUUUAACGGCCCAGUGCCAUAUGUUGAUCCAAGUAAACCUAAGGAAAGGUUUACAGUUUAUGAAACUAACGCAGUUGAUUUAGAACCGGCAUCAUAUUUCUAUAACCAUUACUUAACAGAGGAUCAAAGAAUGAGGCUCAUAAACAAUACUGUACCUUUCGUACUUCCGGUUGCACCAUAUAUGCAGAAGAGAGUUAUACGUCUUCUUACUCUGGUAGAUCAAGAUUUAGGUGGAAGAGUUGAACAACUCUUGCAAAAAUUAUUGAAACAACCCCCACCCUCACCACCACAAGCACUUAAAGUCCCCAGAAAAAAAUACGACGAUCACCACGAAGAUGACGAAUAUAAUUUCAAUCAAUAUAUGGGUUCAACGAUUAAAUCACAUGAUUAAAUUUAUAGAUUUGCGGUUCAUUAUUAAUAUUUACUCAAUACUUGUAUUAGAAUGGUUCAUUUUUCUUAAUUCUAAUCUACCUUCCAUUUUUAUUACAAAAUAAUAUUACAUCCAUUUUGAUUCUGUUUAGUCGUUAAGAUAUUUAUUCCAAUACUUUUUAAACAAA